ACUGGCACCACUACUCGGGUGUCAAUCAACAGCUAGAAGACAGCAAUGCGAAUGAACGCCGCUUUGUAUAAAAAGCAAUUUUAUUCAUCAAAUUACAGCAAAAGUUUUUGUAAAAUUGUGGAACAACAGUAUACGGCUUGUGCACUAGAAAGUGCUAGUAAGAAUGACGACCGAUGGUGAGAAUAAAGUCAAAAUAGAGCGACGCAAUCAGGACGAAGAGGAUGCUCUGUUGAGUCAAAACAGCUGUGGCGGAACCCCUGCGAAGGAAACCGGCGGCAAAGCACGAAGCCGCACAAAACUUAUUUUUGAAAAAGACAAAACUAGUUUCAUGCAGGAUCUACAGGCAUUCCAUGAAAAAUACGGCACGCCCUUUCUUCAUCCUCCAAGAAUCAGCGGCCACGAUGUCGACUUACAUCGUUUGUAUUCGGUGGUCAUUGCUCGUGGAGGAUGGCUAAAGGUCAAUUCGCGUGAGGACUGGGAUGAAGUGAUUGAUGAUUUGAAGUUGCCCAAGCGCUGCGUCAAUAACGAAAUUGUUGUUAAGCAGAUCUACAUCCGAUAUCUUGAUAAAUACGAGAGAGUCAACUUCCACGGCGAGGAAAAGGAUCCCAUUGAAGAAGAGGAUGACGAGAAACGACACAACAGAAGAUGGUCGGUCAGAAUGUUACAUUCCGUGCCUGCAGUAUACAAUCAUUCACAGCACAAUGUUCCCGAAUCGAUGAGAGCAUCGUCGAACUUAUCUUGUGAUUUGUACAAACCUAGCGAGUAUGACAAAUUGAUACUCUCCUUAUUGUCACCGUUGCCAAAUGAGCAGGAUUUUGCGAUUAAUGUUUGUACUUUGAUGUCAAAUGAGAGCAAACAUACUUUGAAAGUGGAUAAGUGUGCAAAAUUAAUAUACGUCCUCUUGGCACACGCUGGCGUGUUCAAUCACUACACAUUGCGCGAGAUGUUUGAUGAGUAUUACACGCACAUUAGGAAGCAUUCCUUGCAGCGAUUUUGGAAAAAUUGUUUAUUGGAAAAGCCACAUAUAUUGGAGCUGUCCUAUGAGGACUGUUUUCUAAAGAUGGAGCUGGACCCAACCGAACUUAUCAAGAAUAUUUACAGCGAAGAAGCGGAAAUGGAUGAUGAUGAUUGCGGUAAACUUAGUGUGGCAUCUCUGAGAAGUUUUCUCAGUUUAGGAACAGGACUAGGCACAAAUGAUUACAUUGGUCAAAGAAUUCAGCAAAUCGCCUCUAUAUUCAGAAAUCUUAGCUUCAACGAUGAGAACAUGACGGUUUUAGCCAGGAACAAUUAUUUUCUGAAAUUUCUGAUAAUGUGUGCUAAUUCUCGUUGGGGAAAUUUACAUCACAUGGGUUUAGAUAUGUUGGGAAACGUUGCAACAGAAAUUGAAAUCAAUGAUCCUCAAACGGAUGAGGUCAGCAGAUGUUUGAUAUCAACAAUCUCAGAUGGAUUAGAAGGAGCCGAUCGAGGUAUCAUUUUGAGCUGCUUGGAAAUUUUGAGCAAAAUAGCUCAGAAAGAAAGCAAUGAAGACAAUCUAAAUCGCUUCCUGAAUCAGAAGAAUUACGAUCAAAUUUGUCUGUUUCUAACGUUGAGCGAUAUUAUGCUAUUGUUAUAUACAUUAGAGUGUAUUUACUCUUUGACAUCGAUCGGUGAAAAGCCUUGUAAUGCGAUAAUGCACGUUACCGGUAUCAUAGACACGCUCGUUUCACUUGUAACUGUUGAGGCUCAAAGCUAUGGACCAGACGCCUGUAUUUUGAUGAGGGUAGUGGAAACAAUUCCUGGAAAUCUGGCAGGCUAUUACCCAACGAAUCCAAGUUCAACCACAGCCAGUCAUCCUCCGAGUCCUAACCCGACUCUGUUGACAUUGCAUUCUAAAGAGCAACCUUCCUUACCAACUCCCAAUGUUCCAAUGUUGCCAGAAAUCCCAAAGAUUCCUGUACCUACGAAACCGUUCGUUUCUCAAUCGCAGCAAUUGAUAAACACCCAAAGCAGUAUUCAAGUUACUAACGUGGCUCAUCCAGCGGCAUCUCAAUCGCCACAAAUACCAAUUAACAUAAUCAGUCGCAAUGAUCCAAAUCAUACUCCUGCAACGCCACCGAGAAUAUCCAGCUCAGCAACACCGGUUCAAUUGACCAGCGCUUCGUCGCCUGUCCCGACGGGAGGACCGAUCACGGUUGCGGCGAAGCACGCACAGCAACAGCAGUCACAAGAGAACGAACAGUUUGCCUAUGCCUGGCUGAAGGCAACCUUCGAAACAACUGCUUCGCUUGCAAGCAAAAUAGAACAGAACGAGGUGUAUAAACUGUAUUUGGCUGCGAACACUAAAAUUGGUCGUAAAGCUGUGGUGCCUCCGUCUCAUUUUCCACGCUGUGUUAGAACGGUGUUCGGAGGAACGGUCGGGCCAACGCAAAUCCGUAUCGAACAGAAUGGCACAGAAACGAACAACUUCUACUACGAGGGCAUUAAUCUGCGUGCGAAGUCAGUGGCAAUGAAUGCAUCAGUAGAAAACACCACUGGUAAUCUUACUAUCAGCAAACAACCAAGGUCAACGCAACAAGGCGAAAGCAAAACAAAUUUGAUAUCGAAAACUGAUCCAUCAAAACUUAACCAGCAAACAUCCCUAGAUAAUAAACCGCCUCCGAAAACAUCCCUUAGUAAUAGUAAUUCAAAUCUAACAACUGCGAGCACAAAGCCUAUGCAACAAUCUAAGGUACAGCCAACCAAACCGUUGCUCCAUAAAAAUCCCCUUCAAUUAGUCGGUGGUGGAAUUGGCGCAACCUCUCUCACGAGCGGAUCUUGCAAACAGAUUAUAACGAGCCAAGUCGGAGGCAAAACUGUGCAAAAUCAACAAGCCCAAAUACUGCAGCAGGUUUUGACGUCUAGCUCGGGUGAACAAAAAGGCAACAUCAUUGUUGUCAAUCAAACAACUAUCUCACCCCAACCCUUGGGGUCUGUAGCUGCAUCACCAGUACCUUCGCAGCAAACAACGGGCACUACGACGAUUAUGAACCAAUCGGGUACAAUCUCUUCAACUACGACGAAUCCGUCAGCGUUGAUCAAGAGCCUGCUCGCCAACAAGGUAACAACGGUGACGAGUAGUAGCGAAUCGGCUGCUAUCAGCACCACCGGCAGCAUCGUCGUUCCGUCAACCAGUAGUUUUUCGUCUACUACCACUAGCAACACUAGCAUCAACCCUUCUACCUCUUCUACUAGCAAUUGUUUGAUUGCAUCGAAUGUUAAUGUGCAUCAGGUUGCACAACGUCAACAACUUUUGAAGCAGAAACAGAAAGGCACAGGAUCUGCGAUACAGUUGCCAAACAGUUCAGUUGUGGUCACAUCGAACAAUCCGAACAAUUUAACAAACAUAAAAGUAGGAAAUUCGACUAUCUCAAUCAAGCCGGGAACACUCCCGACCAACACGGUUAUAACGGCUACCAACCCUCAUGAGAAUGAGUCAGUUCAAAUGAAUCCGCCUCCGCUAGCGCCACUUAGCAGCCAAAUGGCUGGUGGGGCAAUUAUCAAACCAAUAACCACCAAUAAAAUGUUGACGGAUUUGCUAGACAAAAAGACACACGAUCCGCAGGUUUUCGCUAUUGGUGAAACUACAGUGAAGCGUAAAAGCGAUAUCGAUGCUGCUGAACCACCAACCAAGAAACUGGAUUUGAUGGGCACUGAAGAGGUUAAAGUAACGCCGAAAGCUGCAGAUUUGUAUGCCGAACUGGCAGGAUCAAUUUUGGAAGGGGAAGAACUGGAAGAUGUUGAAAUGAAAAUGACUAAGGAGCAACCGAAGAUUAUACCACAAGCAGCACAAGCCACUCAACAACAAGUCAUAACCAUGCCAGUUCCAAUGCAGCGACAGAUUAUUAUGACACCAAACAAUCCAUCUGGAAUGUUGCUAUCGCCAGGAGGCAGUGGUGGUCAACAAUUGACAGCACAAACAACUGCAACCAUCAAAACAGAUACUGGUUAUCAAACGGUACCCGUUAUUUUGCAACACAAUCAGAGUCCGAUUCAGAUACAAAAAUCUGCCCCAAUAAUUCAACCAACCGUGAUAACAAAUUCUCAACAACCAACGCAAUACAUUUUAGCAACAAACCCACAAGGUCAAACUUAUGUAGUGGCUCAGCAGCCUCAGUCACAGUCUCAACUCCAGCAGACGGUUCUACUAACCCAAAAUCCACAGCAUGGAAAUCAACAAAAAACAAUCAUUAUUCUUCAACAGCAGCCGACACAGAAUACAGUUUCUCAAAUCCAAGGCCAGCAGAUUGUGCAAGCCCAGCCACAAACUUCCCAAAAAUUAUUCGUUAACCAGCAAGGGCAACAGAUAAUCAUGACUCAAGUGCCGCGCCAGGUACCGCAUCAGGUAAUUGUUAGCCAUUCGACAACCAAUACCUCUAGCUCAGUAGCUGUCAAUCGGCAGACAUUGCUGGCGUCUUCAAGUGGCCAAAUUGUUGAAAAGAAACCUAUUUAUUUCACUACAAAUCAACAGGGAAAUACAAUUAGCAUUGAAGGGCCAACUCAGCAAAUUGUGAAGUCGAAUCAACCUGCGGCACAAAUUAUGCAAACACAAAUAGGACAGCAUCAACACAGUACCAGUCAACAGAUACAGCAAAUUAUUCAACAAGGUGGAUCGCAAACGAUUCAAAUCAUCCAGCAACCACAACAGCAACAACAAGUACAUUCUCAACAACCUCAACAGAUACUGAUCCAACCGCAAGCGGUUUCACAACAGCAGCAACAGCAGCAAAUUGUUAUUCAAUCACAACCAACACAACAAUUACAGCCACAUAUUAUAUCACAGCAAAUAAUUCAGCCAGCAACAGGACAGCAAGUCAUUCAGAAGGUUAUACAGCAAAAACCUGCGCCACAGUCAACGCAGCAGCAACAACAAGUAAUUGUUCACAAGCAACCAGUUUCCGUGCAACAGAGUCAGCAGUCUUCAUCAGCGAUCACUGUCACUAAACAGUCUAUUAUUGUACAACAACCAACAGUCACUGGGUCACCACAAAAGCAAAUGAUUCAGGUACUUCAGCAGAAGAUCGCAUCCCCACAAACGCAAUCACAAAUGAUGACGCCCACACAUAAAACAGCUAUCCAAACCCAAGCAGCAAUGAUGACUGCUGUCAAAUCUCAAACUGCUGUUGAAUCAACAGCGGCGACAACUAUCACUCCUCCUGUGUCUUCGUCAAUGUUCACAAAAACUACUAUGAAUGUUUCGAAGCCUACAACUUCCACCCAGUCCUCUAUUGCCUUUAGUUCUACGCCAGUUUCUACAAUACAAUCAAUAACUUCUGUCGCUUCAACAACUUCUGUGCCAACCACAGUUCAACCUAGCUCAAACCAAGCUAGUUCAAAUGCAUUCAAUUCAACCACAACAACCACAACGAUUCCCGUAGCGGGAUCGAACUGCUCUAUUCAAAUGAUACCAGCGAUGGACCCGGUCAAGGUGGUCGACGAAGAUGUUGAACUAAGCUGGCCUUGGAUUUGCGAUUGGCGCGGAUGUCCACGAAAGAAGUUCGCUUCGGCUAACGAAGUAUACAUGCAUGCGUGUGCCGUACAUUGUCCGGACACUGUUGACUCUGCCGCCGAUAUUUACUGUCAAUGGGGUCCCGGACCGAAUUUGUGCGAUAAUUUGCCCCGGAAGCGCUUCUCGUUGAUGACCCAUAUCUUCGAUCGGCAUUGCACCAGCGAGUCCUUCAAAUCUGCGGUCCAACGACGUUUGGUGAACGUCACAGCAGGCACGCAGCAGCCCCAGCAGGCAUAUCCUGUGACGUUAGUUCGACAGCCAGCUGCGACCCCUCCCGGAUCAUCGGCAUCGUCGACCGCGUCGGAAAGCUCCAGCAGUCCAUCGUCAGUUCAGCCACCGAUUCAACAUGGUUCCGGACAGCCUUCCAAUGCAGGGCCGGCUGCUUUGCACGCCAUGAAACGACAUGCAGUUGAUUGGAUGAACGCAAAAGAGUUUCAGGAUGAUAUUGAAGGACCCGUUACAAAAAGUAUUCGACUAACAUCGGCAUUGAUUCUAAGAAAUCUCGUUGUCUACAAUAAUACAGCAAGGAGGAAUCUACGCGCAUACGAACCACAUCUUGCCGGAGUGGCUAUAAACAAUGUGGAAGCAAGUCGCACUAUUGCUCAAGUAUUAUUUGAGAUGAAUGAUACGAGACCCAACUUCUAAGAAAUGUAAUUACUUUUAUUGUUUUUUUUUUCAUUUCAAUUUGUGGAUGUAUCAACUUUAUUUCCCUAUUUAAAUAGUAUCAUUACGUAUUGUUAAAGCACGUUCGUCCAUACACAAGCAGAAUAAGGUCGGAAUGAUUACAAUAUUUUUGAAAACUGCAACUGGAUUAAAGAACAGUGAAAUAUAGUACAUUUAUCAAUAGCAAUGAAAA